CGUGGACAGUCGCCGUAGUUUGUGUUGCUCCUCGUUGCUAUGGUUACGCCGUCAAAUUCGUGAGGCGGUUAGUUAGCUAAGUGAGCUUCACGUUUUUCCUGCUGUUUUACAACCUCUCUGUUUAUAAAAAAGAAGACACCGAGACAGGCUGACACUUUACGAAUAUGUUUACUGAAAUAGCAGACACAGGGGCACAGUGCAAAAGGACACUUGAACACCCUGAAGAAUAGUCUGUGUACACGGAAUAUAUCCGCAUCACUUCCACAAUGUCGUCCCCAGAGAAGGAGGAGGAGGAGCAGGCUCCUGGCCAGCAGCUAAGCCUUGUCUUGAGGGACAGUGUUGUCAAACCACUGGCCCCCCUCAUUCCGCCUGAGGAUGCUGAGCCACAGCAGCUCCCUAAAAAUUAUUCAACAGACAUAUUGUCUCUGAGCAGAACAAAGCUGCAACAUGUUCCAGAAAGUGUUUUGAGAAAUAGCUCAGUAAAGUAUUUAUAUCUUGAAGGCAACCAGAUACCCAGUAUCCCAGGUUCAUUGUUCGUCAGCUUGCCUAACCUGCAGUGGCUGGACCUCAGACAUAACCAAAUUGCAUCACUCCCUGCCAAAAUUGGCUUGCACAGAUCUCUGAAAACAUUACUCCUGGAAGGAAAUCCUAUCUCAGAACUUCCACCAGAGUUAGGAAAUGUGAUCACCCUCAACGGCCUGCUUCUGAGGGACUGCCCUAUCAGUUUCCCUCCACGAGACAUUGUGAACCAGGGGGUCCAGGGCAUCCUCCAGUACCUCAGGACUGUUUUGGCUAAUCGACCCGUUAGCACAAGGAAGACCACCCCAGAGUUGCCAGAGGUGGAGAAGCUCCAGCUGUCAGAGCUGAUGGGAUCCAGUAUGGAGGAGCAGGAUGAUUCGGUGGAUGAGCAGGAGCUGCAGAGAUUCAGGGAACUCAAAAACAAGAUGAUCCUGCUGGACAAUGCUGAGCUGGACUCAGCAUCACAGAGCGAUAGAAACCCAAAGUCAGCCCUUCUCCCUGUUAUCAAAAGUAAAAAAGCAACCACCAAGGCUGGCAUAAUUCCCGAGCUCCCCCUGCUUGUUUCAACCUGGAGGAGUCCAGAAGAAAGGAGAAAAGAGAAACAAGCUCUUCUUGAGCAGAGAAAGAAAAGCCAAGAGACCCUUCAGAAGUGGCGCACACAAGCCAAGAUCACACAGAGGAAAAAAUUCUCUGAGGGAAAGCAGAAGGAGCAUGAAAGACAAAGAAAACGAGAGGAAGCAGAAACCAAUUCAAAAUCUGGUGUAGAGGAUAGCAGCGAUUCCCCUCGGAUUCAGACACCCGACAAGUUCAUCACAGAGUGGCAAGAUGACAAAUCAUCUUAUAAGCUGGUGCGGCAGAUCAGCGCCCUUUGUGAGAAGAUGCAGGAGAGACGCAGGAAUCCCAGGGGCGCGACCACCGAGCAGAUGGCAUCAGCAGAGAAAGAUGUGGCAGAGAUGAGGAAGUUACAGACUCGUCUUCUAGAGAAGAGGAGACUUUGGGGACACGAUCCUGAAAUGUCUUCCUACGCAGAGGACACCUGGCAGAGUUUCCUCGAGAAGUGACCGAGAUUAUGAUGCCUGUCAAAUUCCUGCUGUUUGAGUUUUGUGGUAUUGAAUUCAUACUCAAAAUUAAUUGUCGACACUGAUCUCUUCACCUUUGUAAUGCUCAUUUCUUAAAAGUAAAUGUCACUUGGAAAGU